AUGAACGGUGCUUAUCCGUCUGAUUUAAUACAAAGUCAAACACCAAAUGCUUUUCUAUAUUUAUGUAGAAAUUACACGUUAAAAAUGAUUGAUUAUUAUUUUGAUUUAUAUCCCUAUUUGUGUCAAUUGAUUCAGAAUGAAUUUCAACACUGUUCGAUAAAAACAUCAACAAUCAUGAAUGUUGAUGAUGAUUGUUCGAUAUUAAAAUUACCCGAUUCAGCAUUAUGUGUAAUGUACAGAAAAUUAACAAUUGACGCAACAAAUGACGAACAAAUAAAUUCUUUUUAUGACUUAACCAAAAUAAGUUUACUAUCAUUUAGCAAAACAGAAAAACAAAUCUAUUUAUUUACGUAG